UAAUGUGGUUCUGUCAAGAUGAUCAUCGACCAGGAUAUCAACCCCUAUGUGGACCAAUGGGAGGCAGAGGGGAUAUUUCCUGCCCACAAAGUCUUCAAGCUCUUGGGAAAUGCUGGCUUUCUGGGUGUCAACAAGCCAGUUGAGUAUGGAGGCCUGGGUCUGGACUUCAGCUACAGUAUAGCCGUGUCAGAGGAGCUGGGUAACAUCCGCUGUGGAGGCAUCCCCAUGGCCAUCGAAAUCCAGACUGAUAUGGCCACACCUGCCCUGGCCAGGUUUGGCUCUACAGAGCUGAAGAAGGAGUUUCUGCUGCCCUCCAUAAUGGGAGACAAAGUGGCCUGUCUGGGAGUGAGUGAAGUCGGAGCCGGCUCAGAUGUUGCUACCAUCAAGACAAACGUGGUGCGUGAAGGGGAUGAGUAUGUGGUGAACGGUGGUAAGAUGUGGACCACUAACGGCACCCAGGCUGACUGGAUGUGUCUCCUGGCCAACACCAGUGACGGUCCGUCUCACAAGAACAAGUCCCUCAUCUGUCUGCCUAUGAACUCUCCUGGGGUUCACAUCGCCCGCAAGAUCGACAAGAUGGGGAUGAGGUCUUCUGACACAGCAGAGGUCUUCUUUGAUGACGUGCGCGUGCCUUGCAAGACCCUCAUUGGUCAGGAGGGGAUGGGAGGGGAUGAGUCAGCCAGUCUAACCAUGAUGGACAACAUCAUCCAGGAGACCAUUCAGUACACCAGACAGAGGAAGAUCUUCAAGAUGCCUCUUCUCUACCACCAGUCAGUCCACUUCAGACUGGCUGAGCUGGAGACAGAGAUCGAGCUGCUGCGUUCCCUCCUCCAUCGCUCUACAGCUCUGUACAUCAAGGGCAACGAUGUGACUAAGCUGGCGUCCAUGGCUAAGCUGAAGGCAGGCCGUCUAUCCAGGGAGGUGGGGGACAGCUGCCUGCAGUACUGGGGAGGGAUGGGCUUCACCAGCGAUGUCCUGGUCAGCAGGUUUUACAGGUGA